UUGGACGCUGGCCGGCCGUAUUUUGGGGAGCCCUGGACUACAUUGUUCGACAGGUGGCAAUUAAAAACAUCACAUUGGUAACAUUAUUACUUAACCGUCAUUUCAAAAAUGUGUUUCCAGUGUUUGAAUAAAAGUUUUUAAAGCACCGCCGCUGAAGACAGCAGCAAGUUGACAACAAAGCUCGUUAGCAAUUAGCCGCUAGCAGUGUUUGGUCAAUAAAGUUUAUUACACCACUGAAGACAGCAGCAGGCAUGAUACAAUGUGCACAACCUAGGUAGUUAGCAUUUAGCCGCUAACAGAUUACCUCAACUGAGUCUGAGUGAUCAGUUAUGGACUUUUUCUUCGACGAACUUCCCUUACAUUCAACCCAGAAAGUGGGAUGUGCAGAUCCACAAAUGGUAAAAGAGACAGAGCCUGGGCCAAGUGUGAGCAGGCCUGACAUUCAAGAGGAGAAUUCCAACUCCAUUGUGAAUGACAUCAGCACAAGAGUGCAGGAUCUGGUGCAGAAGGUUCACGACCGCCGCACCAGUGACCAGAAAGAAAUCGAAGACUUUCAAGAGACAAUACUGGAGAAGGUAUUGACUAAAAAAAAAAGUUGUGUAGCUGUAGAUAGCAAAAUUUAUCAAGGUGGCCUUCCAAAGGUGACCGAGAUGUGCCAGCAGAUGAAGCAGGACAUGUACAUAGCCUAUGAAGAAAACAGUGUUGUGAUGGAGGUGAAGCUGCAGGAGUUGACUGAGGUACUAGAGAGAUGCUCAGUUCUCCAAAAUGAGCUCCUGGAAGCCAGUAGCGUACUGGCAAACAUUCGAGAGAACCUCGCCAUCGACCAGCCGUCACAACCGGCAACAUAAUAGGUCAAGUUCACUAACAUUGUUCUCAGUGGUUAGUUAUUUCUACCUCUUGUCAGUCAGAAAAUAUUGAUGGCCUUGGAACUUUUGAAGCAACAGUUCAGAUUUCAGUUUGUUUCCCUCAGCAGUCUUUGAUAUUUUCCUGUUUCACUGUGAUGUAGCAUAAGCGUUUGCAUGUGAUUUUCCACAAAGACAAAAACCAACACAAGUUAGAGGGCAG